AUGCAAAUUGAUGCGCUUAAUGAUCGAUUUGAUGAAGUGAACAUCGAGCUACUUCUUUGUAUGUCGCAUUUGAAUCCAAGCGACAAGUUUUUAGCUUUUGACAAAGGUGCGUUAAUUCGUCUUGCUAAACUAUAUCCAACUGAUUUUUCUCAAAUGGAUAUCAUGAUUCUCGACCGACAACUAGAUACCUUUCUUGCUGAUGUUCUUUCUAGUAAUGAUUUUUCUGAAUUAUUUGGUAUUAGUGCGCUUGCCUGGAAAAUGGUUGAAACGAAAAGAAAUAUAGUGUACUUGUUGAUUACAUUAUCUUUGAUAUUGCUUGUUGCUACUGCUACUAUUGAGCGAGUUUUUUCAGCAAUGCAUAUAGUGAAGAAUCGUUUGCGAAACAGUAUUGGGAAUGAGUGGUUGAACAAUUUUUUACUAACCUACAUUGAGCGGGAACUUUUUCGCAAGAUCAGCACAGACAGGAUUAGAUAG